AAUGAAGGUGAAGAUUGUAUUGUAAAUAUAGGAGUUGAAGUCAUCAUAAAUGAAAAAUCAAAUGUAUCAUUUAGAAGUUUAAAAGAGUCAUUCGAGUUAUUUAUAAAGGAAACAAAUAAACAGCAAGAAGUUAUUAAAUCAUUAUUAUCACUUAAAUCAUUGGAGAGAACAAUAACAUAUUUGGAUCACCCCGAAAAAAAUAUAGUAGAGUAUUACAAAGUUAUAUUAUUGGGUAUAACAUCAAACAAUUUAUCAAAUAAAAUUCUCAGUUUUCAAAAUAGUAGUAACGAGGUCAGUGAUUGUCAGCUUCAAGAUAUUGAUAAAUUAAAUGUUUCAACAAUAAAUUAUCAAAUAUUUUUAUAUAAAUUAUCUCAUGACUCACCACAAAGCGAAUUAAUUGAUGAACAGGAAUCAUUCUCUCCAUACCAGCAGUUAUUGUUACCAAAUAAAUCAUUCGAAACUCUAUGGGAAAAUUUAAUUUAUGAAGAAGGUUUAAAGUCAAAUUUAUUAUCAUAUAUGUCAACAAUAGUUUUAUUUUCAAAAUUUAAAAUAGAUUCAAAUAUAUGUUCAAAUAAUAAGGUUAUAUUUUUAUAUGGACCACCAGGUACAGGCAAAACAUCGUUAGCAAAAGCAUUGGCACAAAAAAUAUCAAUUCUAUACAAGGAUAAAUUUAGCUAUACACAACUUAUUGAAAUUAACACACAUAGUUUAUUUAGUAAAUGGUUUUCAGAGAGUGGCAAAUUGGUAAUGAGGAUGUUUGAAAAUAUAAAAGAAAUUUUAGAAGAUCAAAAUUGUUUUGUAAUGAUUUUAAUUGACGAGGUUGAAAGUUUAGCAGCAGCAAGAAAUGCAUCAAUUAACAGUGGUACAGAGCCAACAGACUCAAUAAGGGUGGUCAAUGCAUUUUUAACACAAUUGGAUCAAUUAAAAAACUUUUCAAAUGUUUUAGUAGUUGCAACAUCAAAUAUUACCAAAGCUGUUGACUUGGCAUUUAUUGACAGAGCCGAUAUAAAGCAAUACAUUGGUCCACCUUCAGUAAAGGCAAGAGAA